CGUUUCGAGUAACUGUAGAGAAUAAUAGUAAUAAUAAUAACAAUAAUAAUAAUUUAGAAAUUAAAUUUAAAAUAAAGUGAUUGUUACCAUUAAAGUGAAGCUUAGAAUUGAUCGCGAGAGGGAAAGGAAAAGAGAGAAAUAGCGAUAGAACGAGAAGCGUAUCGACAAGUGAGAGACUCGCGGCUUGCCGACAAGUGAACGUGAGAGACUGCACGGUGAGAUGCUACACGGUGAGAAGAGUUCAACAUAGAAACGCGUUUUCAAGAGAGGAGCAACUCGGUGAGAUCGCAUGUGAGAGCGGCAGGAUGGAAACGAAACGCGAAAAGGCGAUCAGUUUUUGGACAGACGUAGAAAAGACAAGUCGCAAUAAAAAGAGUGUCCCAGCAGUAAAAAAAGAAAAAAAAAAAAAAGUGUUAAAAUGUAUAACAUCAAUGAUGACAAGGGCUGCGGUUACGACAAUGGCGCAAACCACGCUCCCAAAUUUAAAUCAAAGAAAGUGAGCAUAUUACGCAAUGCCCUUAAGGCGGAGAAAAGGCGGAACCUCUUACUUGCGGCUAAGCUGAAGUACCAAAAUAAAGCUAGAGCAAAACAUUUACGAGAAAUAAAGCAGUUCAAAGCCGACAUUGUCAAAGAGGCGAUUCAUUCAACGGCGAUCGAUAUGCAAAAUCGUGAAAACACCACCCUUUCUUCCUCCAUGAACACACUUUCGGCUGUUUCUAUAAAUAUUCCGGAGUGUAAACCAAUCACUAAUACGGAAGAAAUCGAUCGCAAAUCCUUCAAAGAUUGGAAAGAUUUGUUAGAAGCAUCUAUGGACCUCGCCGGUAUCACUGAUGAGUAUACCAAAAAUAAUGUUUUUAAAGUAAAGGCAGGACCUAUGCUGCUAGAGGUCCUAGACUCGACUCCAAAACAGCCAUUAUCUGAGACGUCAAACGCCCCAUAUUCAAACGCUAUGAAGCGACUGAACGACUUUUUCGGUUCUCGAGAAUAUCGCUUGGUGCAGCGGCAAAAGUUAAGAGCAUUGACGCAGGACGCGGAGGAGUCGGACUUAAAAUAUCUUAAGCGAGUGAUAGCCACAGCUAAAUUGUGCGAUUUUGACGAAGAAAAACUAAUGGAAGGCGUGACAGAAGUUAUACAACUACAUGCGCUCAACGCCAAAGUGCGAGAGGCAGGUAGAAAGGUUCUACGCAAAGGAGGUACCCUAGCAGCUCUGGUGGACAAAAUUCGAGGGUACGAAGUGGAUAAGACAAACGAGGAAAUUUUCAAGAGGACACAUCAGCCAGCAUCGGACUUCAGAAUAGCGGCGGUUGCACGAAGCGGAGUCGAAUCGAAUUCCGCUGCUGGAUCCGGAACGGAACCGCGGGGAAGGAACUUCGAUUACCAAGGACAAUCCAGCUGGAGGAAUUUUGGGAAUCCCAGCAAUAAAUACGGACGAAAUAAUUCAAGAUACGAAAAUAAGUUCGUACCCUGCUGGAGAUGCUCCAGUAUAUUUCAUGUACCAUCUAAGUGUCAUGCAGCAAAUAAGAUCUGCCGAAACUGUAAGAAAACGGGUCACAUUGAACGUGCUUGCCGACAAAUACCGACACCAUCAAACACACUGAAACGUCGGAUCAGUCGGGACGAUGAAAGACCCGUCAAUACAAAGAAAAUCGCCACAGUGACUAAAGAUGAGGAGCAAAAAGAAGACACGAACGUCGUAAGUGACUAUUCCUCAUAAUUCAGCUUACCCGAUUGAAUUUUUAUCUGCCCAUGUUGUGAAUUUGAUAAACCAUAUUUUAUCUGAAGGAAUAAAUAGGAGUGAACUAAAAAAAAAAAAAAGUAAAAACAUUAACAUUAAUGACUAUUAUAUUUUUCAGAUUAACGAACGGUUCUCGAUUGAAAUAAACGAGUUGCAUGACUUGGAUAUCCAAAGAGGAUGUAUCUUAGGACGCAUUGCAAAUAACAUUUCCGUGUUAUUUUUGAUAGACUCCGGAGCGGACGUCAAUACUGUGGACGAAGACACUUUUGAUAAGUUGCGUAACAAUGAACAAUCCAGAGAGCAACUAUAUUGCGUUUCAAAUGAUACAGAUAAACCACUCCGUGCGUACGCCAGUCCGGGCGAGAUCAAAGUCGUAGGCACUUUUGUAGCAGAAUUGUACAUUUCAGAAGAAAGACCAUGUCUUUUUGAAAAAUUUUAUGUUAUUAGAGGCGCUAAACCACUGUUGGGUAGAGAAACAUCUCUGAGAUACAGUGUUUUGCAAAUAGGGCUCGAUGUGACAAUUAACUGUGCAAGUUCUGGCAAAUAUUACCCCGAUAAAUUUCCAGGAGAAAUGCUCGCAGUAACAGUGGAAGACGAAUUCCCCAAAUUUAAUAUCCCUCCGGUUGUCUUAUCUUACGACAUCACCAAACCACCAUCACGUCGUAUAUUUACUAAUAUCCCUUUACCAUUUCGCGAGGAGACCCAACGUAGACUGCAAAACCUUUUAGCAACUGGAAUUAUAGAGGUUGUCACAGACUCAAUGGAUAGAUCAUUUUGCUCGUCAUUACUGGUCGUUCCAAAAGGGAAAGAUGAUAUUCGCUUAGUAGUAGACCUAAGAGGGCCCAACAAAUGCAUUAUUCGCACACCAUUCAGGAUGCCAACUUUGGAGGAGAUUCUCUCCGACCUUCACGGCGCCAAAUGGUUCUCCACUAUCGACCUUACUAGUGCAUUUUUUCAUAUAGAAAUAGCGGAACAAUCUCGGCACCUAACUAAUUUUUUCAGAGGAAACGCUACGUAUCGUUUUAAACGACUACCAUUUGGUCUUUGCAAUGCUCCAGACAUAUUUCAAGAGACAUUACAAACUAAAAUAUUAUCCGGGUGUCAUGGCCAAAAAUGUUACUUAGACGACAUUUUAGUACACGGGCAUACAAAAGAGGAACACGAUAGUAAUCUUAAAGCGGUUCUUCAUCAACUUAAAGCUCAUAACGUGCGCAUUAAUACUAACAAAUGCGUGCUUGGUAAGAACAAAGUUAAAUUCGUUGGUUAUCUUAUAUCAGAUGAGGGAUUAUGCGUUGAAAACGAAAAAUUAAAAGCAGUCCAGAACUUCCGUCGUCCAGAAACCAUAAACGAAGUAAAAAGUUUUUUGGGGUUUAUGAAUUUCUCGGAACGGUUUAUUUACAUGCGCGCGGAUAAAACUAAGUAUUUGAGAGAAGUAGCUAAAUCUGAAGUUUUUUAUUGGUCCGCCGCGGAAGAAUCUGAGUUUAACUUUUAAAAAAACGAAGCUUUAAAAUCUAUAGCUACGUUAGGUUAUUUUAGUUCCAAGGAUGAUACUGAAUUGUACGUUGACGCGUCUCCCGUGGGCCUUGGUGCAGUAUUGGUACAGUUCGAUGUGGAAUGUAAGCCACGGAUAAUAGCAUGUGCUUCAAAAGCAUUAACUAGUACAGAACAGAGAUACCCACAGACACAGCGAGAAGCGCUAGCGAUCGUGUGGGGAGUAGAAAGGUUUACUUUCUAUUUGACAGGUAAAUCAUUCGCCAUCCGCACAGAUUCCGAAGCUAAUGAGUUCAUUUUUGGUGAGAGCUAUAGACAAAGUAAACGGGCAGUUACACGGGCUGAGGCUUGGGCUCUAAGACUACAAACCUAUGACUUUACUGUAAAGCGGAUCCCAGGUCAUUUAAAUGUUGCAGAUGCUCUAUCAAGGUUGAUUGCUCAAACACAAGAAGCAGAACCUUUUGAUCAAGAUGAUGAUAAACAUCUACUAUACACACUUGGCGGGGGAAUUGUGAGUAUCACGUGGAAGGACAUCGAACAAGAGUCGGAAAAUGACCCAGAGCUCGUAGCGGUGAGAACAGCUAGUAAAUCGGGUCGCUGGCCAGAUAACCUACGUAGAUAUGAAGCAGAACGCAGAUCAAUUCGUUCGUUAGGGUCAAUAGUUUUCAAGGACGAUAAAAUUAUUACCCCAACUAAACUGAGAUCACAGAUUAUGUUGACCGCUCAUCAAGGACACAUAGGUGUUUCUGCAAUGAAGCGUAUAAUGAGGGAAUAUUUUUGGUGGCCAAACAUGAGCAAAGACGUUGAGGUGUUUGUGAAAAAUUGCAACACGUGUUUAGUUAUUGCAAGAAAAAAUCCACCAGUGCCCUUGACUAAUCGCACUUUGCCGGAUGGACCAUGGCAAGUGCUACAAAUAGAUUUUCUAUCCAUACCAGGUUGCGGGGCUGGAGAGUUUUUGGUUGUGGUCGAUACCUAUUCUAGAUAUUUAGCCGUUAUCGAAAUGCAUAGUACAGACGCAAAAACUACUAUUUUAGCACUAAGUAGAAUUUUCUUUACCUGGGGAUUGCCACUAACCAUUCAGAGUGACAAUGGCCCUCCUUUCCAGAGCAAUGAGUUUAUUACGUACUGGGAGGAAAAAGGCGUAAAAAUUAAUAAGUCAAUACCCUUAAACCCUCAGUCAAAUGGGGCUGUCGAAAGACAGAAUCAAGGUAUUAUCAAAGCUUUAGCUGGAGCCAAGCAAGAUGGAAAUAAUUGGAAAGACGCCCUUAGUGCUUACGUUCAUGUACAUAAUAACAUGAAACCACAUUCCAGACUGGGAGUAACUCCGUUCGAAUUAUUGGUAGGAUGGCGGUAUAGAGGUUUCUUCCCAAGUCUGUGGGAAUCAAAGGUAACAAAAGAGAUAGAUAGAUCUAACGUACGCGAGCAGGAUAAUCUUUCCAAAUUAGUAAGCAAAACUUACGCAGAUACUCGUCGAGGAGCGAAGGAUUCGGAUAUAACUGUAGGAGACAAGGUCCUACUCUCAUUUCCUAAGAAAAACAAGACAGAUAGUACAUUUUCCUCUGACUCAUACACAGUGUUAGUUAGAGAAGGAUCAAAGGUUGUUGUUCAGAACGAUCGAGGAGUUCAAUAUACCCGCAACGUGGGGGAUUGUAAAAAAGCGUCGCAAAGAACGCAGUUAAUAGAAGAAAUAGGACCUAAUAGCACAUCAUUGUCGACUCAGAAGGAUUCCGAAAAGGAGUCAGAACAUCCUUCGGAAGAUAGGUCAAGGAGAAGUCCAAUUAAGCGAUCACAAAGAGCAGUGAGAAAGCCUGAAAAACUAAAGGAUAUGUUUUUAUAUCGAAUUUAUAGCUAGAGUAGGAGAGGAGGCGAAUGUAGAGAAUAAUAGUAAUAAUAAUAACAAUAAUAAUAAUUUAGAAAUUAAAUUUAAAAUAAAGUGAUUGUUACCAUUAAAGUGAAGCUUAGAAUUGAUCGCGAGAGGGAAAGGAAAAGAGAGAAAUAGCGAUAGAACGAGAAGCGUAUCGACAAGUGAGAGACUCGCGGCUUGCCGACAAGUGAACGUGAGAGACUGCACGGUGAGAUGCUACACGGUGAGAAGAGUUCAACAUAGAAACGCGUUUUCAAGAGAGGAGCAACUCGGUGAGAUCGCAUGUGAGAGCGGCAGGAUGGAAACGAAACGCGAAAAGGCGAUCAGUUUUUGGACAGACGUAGAAAAGACAAGUCGCAAUAAAAAGAGUGUCCCAGCAGUAAAAAAAGAAAAAAAAAAAAAAAAAGUGUUAAAAUGUAUAACAUCAAUGAUGACAAGGGCUGCGGUUACGACAGUAACCAAAUGUUCGAAUACGGUUAGAAGGACCAAAAAAUGUUUUGAAUUUAAACAUUAAAACUUAGACUUGGACUGCUGUGACAAUUCAUUUAUUUUGACCGAUCGCGUCGAGUGCUAAAGAUGGACUGAUGUUCGAUUUCAUACGCUCGUGAUAGCAAACUUCUCUGGUUUGUUGCUUAACCUAGGAAAUUCUAAGAAAGGCCGAUCGGCCACCAAAAGCGCGCACGUGCCUUAGCGCAGACAAUUGUCUUUUGUUUAACCUUUGAUCCCACUUGCGAGCAGGCUUCACACUGUUCAUAUUGUCAUUGUUUUACAAAGCAAAUACAGAGUUCUUAGUAUUGUUUUCGCUUCGCUCACACCAUAUGGCGCCCCUAGUUCCUAGCAUCGUAUUCUUUUGCUUCGACAGAUAUGUUUUGGAACCAAAAAUUAUUUAUUUAAACUCAAAAAAAAAAAAAAAAAAAAAAUUGAGACAUAUCGCCAUAGCGCUGAACGUGUUAAGGAGUUUCGCGUGCACCAGUUAUCGAAGUCUUCUAGUGAAGCCUGGAGUAUGCGAUGGUCGUCUGGUCCCUGGAUUUACCGAAAGCUUUUGGUGUCGUCCGCGUAGAGCAGGUGAUUAUCCCCAGGAAGUAUCGUGGAAUCACCAUUUAUAUAAAGGACAAAUAGUAUUGUUGGAGCAACUGCUGGAGUCGAGUAGUUCGAAGCGGAGUGGAACAAAUCCGUUCAUUUUUUGAACUUGCCCAGGCUGCAAAUGACAGCCCGAAAGACCAAUACAUCUUAAUUAUAAUACAUGGUUGACGAGUUCACUUGCUUUUAAUGCAUAUUUGUUGACUGUUUGGAAUGAAAUAUUAAAGAAAAUAUUGAAAUUUUGAUUUGCUAUUAUUAAUAAACACGUUUCGUCUCAAUUCGGCUCGAAUUUCUUUAGAUUUGGCAAUCUAUACAAAACAACACGCUGUGGCAAACGUUGAUCGUGUUUCUUCUUCUGAAAGCUUCAUCUUCUUCAUGGUGGUAUUUUGACCGCAGCCGAUUGUUUACUUUCAGAUGUCAUAUCACACACAAAUUGAUAGCGAGCCAUUGUUGCAGCCAUAUCUUGUAAUUGAAGCGAUUUGUGAUUAAAAAUAGUUUUGUCGUCGUUGUUUUCGUGGAAAUCACUAUGAAUAAAAGUUUCUCGAAGCGUAUCAAAUAUAAUUCUUACUUGUAUCGCCACCGUGAUCGUUUGGAACAUGAAAACCAGAUAGAUGACGGUGCCGGCCCUAGUGGAACUUCCAAUGUAGCUGAACAAGGUAUGAAUUCUUCACAAGGCAGUGAUGCACUUGCACAGGAUAAUAUCGUCGGUGAAACUUUCUACGAAGGGGAAGCUGCUUAUCUAUCAGAAGCCGAUGAUGAUGUAAUCGACUAUUUAAUGGAAAGUUCGGAUGAUGAUAUAGAUCCAGCAGCAUCAGAUGACCCAUUCUCUGCUGAAGAUGCUUUGCGUCAAUGGGCAAUAUCAACAAACCAAACAUACGACUCGAUUGCCCAAGUGAUGGAUAUAGUUCGAAAAGUGAGUUCCUGUAACCUAUCUAAAGACGCUAGAACCCUACUAAAAAUCAAUCGAAAAAUUUCGGCUGAUAUCUUGACGGUAGAAGGUGGUCAGUACUGGUAUUAUGGAGUGCAGAAAUGUCUCACGAACAAGCUAAGUAAUACAUCUCUGAAUUCGGACACCACACUCUUGCUUAAUGUAUCCAUCGAUGGUUUGCCGAUAUUUAAAAGCAAUAAUUUACAAUUCUGGCCGAUUUUAAUAAAUAUUCAUAACAUGCCAGAAAUUCCUGUUAUGAUUGUUUCAAUUUACAGCGGAACAAAGAAACCUAGCAUCGAAUAUUUUUUAAAGCAGUUCAUCGAAGAAAUAAACCUAUUAACUAGCAAUGGGGUACAAAUCAACGACGUGAGAGUUGAUGUAGUGGUACGCGCCAUAAUUGCCGAUUCACCAGCACGGGCGUUUAUAAAAGGUGUCGCCAACUUCAAUUCAUUUGAUGGUUGUUUGAAAUGCACUACCAAAGGUGUCAAAAUGCAAGGAAGAACAACUUUCCUUGAUUGUAGCGCACCAAAAAGAACCGAUAGACAUUUUAGAAAGCGGAAGUAUGGUGGUCAUCAUAAACUUGACUCGCCAAUACUUUUGUUAAAUAAUUUUGAUCUUGUGAAGCAAAUAAUAGUUUGUGAUCAACUACAUUUGAUAGAUCUUGGUGUCAUCAAACGGAUAUUGAUCGGCUUGUUGUUUGGUAAAUUUGGGUUUAAAAAAAAUUGUCCUUUGCUGAAAUAACGACAAUAUCUGGUAUGCUGAUGACAAUCCAAUUGCCAAUAGAAAUCCAUAGAAAAUUUCGAUCGUUACACGAUGUGAAUCACUGGAAAGGCUCAGAGUUUUCAUCAUUUUUAUACUAUGCAAGUUUUUCGGUGUUGAAAAACAUCAUGAGUGAUGAACAGCACAAACAUUAUAUGUUGUAUUUCUGUAGUAUAACAUUAUUCUCCUCGAACAUCUACAAAGAACAUUGGCCGCUUGCUAAUAAUUUAAUUACUCUUUUUGUAAAAAAGUAUGUUGAUGUUUACGGACCACAGUUUAUCUCGAGCAACGUUCACAAUCUUACACACAUAUUCGAAGAAGUAGAUGAAUUUGGUCCACUGCGGACGUUAUCUUCUUAUUUAUUCGAAAAUGCUCUACAACACAUAAAAAAUUUGUUGCGUAACGGAUGGAGGAGUUUGGAACAAGUUAUUAAUAGAAUUGCAGAACAAGAAGCGUAUUAUGUCCAUAAAAAAGAUGAUAUUUCAAGUUAUCCAUCUAUUAAACAGAGAGGUAACAUUACCACUCUCCAUGUUCGCAAAGGAUUUUGCUUGAAACCUGGACACCGAGAUGGGUGGUUUUUAACCAAAUCUGGAAAUGUUUGCCAGUACAUUAAUGUAGUUGCACAGGAAAAUGUAACAAGCCUAAAAAUAAUCGCCAGAAAAUUAAGCAACUCUACUCAUUGCUUUGAUUAUCCCUUUACAUCUAAGCUGAUUAAUAUGCACCGUGGAAAUCUCCGUAGCUUUGAGGAAACAGAAGUACAAAUUGAUUUACAAGAUGUGAAAUGUAAAUUGGUAGCUGUUCCUCUCCCAAAAGACAACGAAUUCGACUUUGUUCCGUUAGUUCAUACGUUAAU